AUGGAGAACCGCAACAGCAUCUCCCUUGUAGACAACACUGUCCCCUCGCAACAGCCAACCGGCGGGGAAGCCUUACGACAAACCUCCACGAUCGGUCGACAAGGCACUUUGGCAAAACAUCUCAGCCGUACAUCUGUAUCUGGACAGCUUGCGAAGCGGAAAUAUGCCAAGUGGCAACCAGACAGACUCGGCCUUCCCUCCGACACGAACACGGAGCAUUCGUUGAGCAGGGAAUCGUCGCGGGCCCGAGGCUCAGUCUCGGCCUCGAGCUCCGGUGGACCAGCAAGUCGACAAUCUUCACACCUGGGGAUCAGGGACUCGAUCGGUGCAGGCGCUUCAGACGUCGACACAGCCGACUUUGCUCCCUCGCCAGCUCCAGGCACCACGAAUGAGCCGCCCCAAUCCAACGGCCUCACCCAGCAACCUACAACCACCGACGAACCCAAAAUCCUCUCCGAACUAGACAUUCUCUACGAAAACCAGCGCGGCUGGUUCUUCUUCGGCGUCCCUCUCUACUCCCACAGCUCCCUCCUCAACCUCGACCCCUCCGCCUGGAUGACCAAAGACAAGCGCGAUAGCCCCGUGAACAUCACCAACGCACAAGUCCCCGAUCCUAGCUGGGAAUGGGCCUGGCGCACCUGGUACGUCGACAUGUCUGGCGAUGUCGACGACCAAGGCUGGCAGUACGCCUUCUCGUUCGGCUCGUCCCAGUGGCACGGCACGCAUCCCUGGUUCCACUCAUUCGUUCGGCGGCGGCGCUGGCUGCGGCUUCGAACGAAGAUCCCCGAAAGGCGGCACCCUGGACGGUCGGAAUUUGAGAAGGCGCACAUGCUGAACGAGGACUAUUUCACUAUUCAUUCAUCGAAGGUGCGCAGUCGCGAGCAGAGUAUUGCCAGAUUGUCGAGGACUGAGUCUGGGUUUUUGAGCCGCCUUGGCUCGAAAACGGAGGAAGAGGCGCAUAUGGAGGAGAUCGGGGAUAUACCGAGUCUUCUGCGUGCGCUGAAGCAGACAUCUAUUGAUCGGGCGAGGAUUGAUGCGUUGAAGAAGUUUGUCGAGGAGGGUGGUGAGGAACUAUAUUAUCUGAACGACAAGAUCCCAGAGAUUAUGCCUAUGUUCCUCUUCCAAGCCUCCCGCUGGCAAUUCAUAGCUCACCUCACAGAAACCGUCCACGACCUCUCCCAGCAACUUUCCGACCCCAAUACUGAAGACAAAGAUAAGAUAGAGCGCAAAAGAGACAGCCUCUCACGCGCAGCUGAGUCUGGCAGGCAGCAUAUCACCGGCCCGGAGGUUUUCACGGAUACCCACGGGCACGCCGCCACUGGCCUACUGGAUCUGACACCUGUAUCAAGACAUGAUACGUUGCUGUCAAAACGUGCGCAGCUGACUGGUGAGCCGCUGCGCGUGUUGAAGGGGAAGGAAAUCGAAGGCAUCCCGAAGAAAGCGGAAGUUGGGAGAGAGGGACAUAUUUAUUAA